AUGGAAAGUAUUCCAAAAGCUACUCAAGAAGAGAUCACACAAUUAAUCAGUCUAGAGAAGUCUAUCUUGUCCGAAUCCAUGGAACAAGAUUUCAGCAAAUGUCAGAGCAUUCUCUAUAAGAUCUGCCCAGAGAAGUGAGAAAUUAAGCUAUUGAAUCCAAACUCCAAUAAAGUUCAAGAAAAAAGUUACUUAGAUAUUAAUUUCAGCAGUCUUAAAGAUAUGAAACUCUCACAAAGUUUCAAGCAUCUCAGGUUCUUUGAUAUAAACAAGGUUUUGGUUUUCGUUGUUAAUUCUAAAAAUCAACAUUGUGUUGAUUUCUUAGAGUUCUCAUUCCCAAAUAAAACUAAUGGGCUCUAUUUCCAAUCAUGGGUUAAACUGGAUCUAAAUAAGUCCAAUUACUUAAGCUCACUGACCAGACUUAGUUCUAAAGUUGCCCAAAGUGUGACAUUUAAGGGUUUCUGCAUUGGCUAUCCCCAACUUAAAAGACUGGUGGCAGCUUACAAGCAUGUCAGAGAGUUGGGAUUGUGUAGUUGCAGAUUAUCUAUUCCAAAUGUUCCUGAUUUUUCAAAGGCUCUCACAAACUGCCAAAUCCAAGAACUAAGUUUAUUCGGGUCAGGGAGCUAUGAUUGAAGUGACUGGGAGAACAAUCUUGACGAGUUCAAGAACUUGGUACAAGGCUUGUCAAGUUCUCCAGAAUUAAGAUCGAAUCUCCAAAAAGUUCACAUUGGUGCUAGUGAAAUGAACCAAAACGAAGCUGAACAUAUCUUUAAAGAAAACCAGCUUGGUGAAGUAGAAAUAAUAAUUGAUGACCAUUAA